AUGGCUAAGUUUUUUGCUGCCUUGAUCUUGGCACUCCUUGCCAUCUCCAUGCUUCAAACCACGGUUAUGGCAAAUAAUGGACAUGGAGGUCAUCACGGUGGCAAUAAUGCAUAUGGACCUGGGAGCCUCAAGAGCUACCAAUGCCCAUCACAAUGCUCGAGGAGGUGCGGCCAGACCCAAUACCACAAGCCUUGCAUGUUCUUCUGUCAGAAAUGCUGCAAAAAGUGUCUGUGUGUGCCCCCAGGGUAUUAUGGGAACAAAGCUGUGUGCCCUUGCUACAACAACUGGAAGACCCAGCAAGGAGGACCCAAGUGCCCUUGA